AUGUUGGAAAGGGACCAGGAACGGUUGAGGGGUCGUACUGACGCGGCCUCACUUGCUGAAUUCCAGCGCAUUGAGGAACUUUUAAGCAGAACAGAAGCCCAGGAGGAUGCAUAUUGGAGGCAGAGAGCCAAGCAGCACUGGCUCAAGGAGGCUGACACCAAUACGAAAUUUUUUCACAGGUAUGCCUCGCACCGAAAGAAAAAGAAUACUAUAUCUAAGUUAAUGAAUGACAAUGGGGAUUGGUUGGAAGGGGAACUUAUGAGGAAAAAUAUUCUGGAUUAUUUCAAUAAUAUUUUCACCUCUGGGAAUCCGGGGGCAGGGGAGGAGUUUUUUGGGAAAGUAGAGCAGCAGGUAUCACAGGCACAGAAUGACUCCUUAUUACAGCCCUUCACUGUGGAGGAGGUAAAAGAUGCAUUAUUUGCAAUGUAUCCUGAUAAGGCUCCGGGCCCGGAUGGAAUGAAUCCGAGUUUUUAUCAGCAUUUUUGGGAUGUAGUGGGAGGGGAUGUGGCGAGUUUUGUGAUUAAUUGUCUUGAAUCGGGUGAACUUCCGCCUGAUUUAAACAAUACGGAUAUUGUGCUGAUCCCAAAGAAGAAUAAUCCGGAGUUGGUAACAGACCUGCGCCCUAUAGCUCUUAGUAAUGUGGUCUAUAGAAUAAUUGCGAAGAUGAUGUCUAAUAGAAUGAAACCAUUGAUGGAUGGGAUAAUAUCUGAGUCACAGAGUGCUUUUAUUCCGGACAGGUUGAUAACAGAUAACAUUUUGCUAGCCGCAGAGGUAGGCCAUUUUCUGAAUAGAAAACAGUGUGGAUUAGGGGGAUGGGGUGCACUUAAGCUAGAUAUGGCAAAAGCUUAUGACCGGAUGGAGUGGCCCUAUCUUCGUAACAUGAUGACGGUGCUAGGUUUUCAUAAUAACUGGGUGGAUUUGGUCAUGAAAUGUGUAACUACGGUUUCCUACAGUAUCCUGGUGAAUGGCUCUAGGAGUGAUCCAAUUAUACCUACUCGUGGUCUCAGACAGGGAGAUCCGUUAUCCCCAUACUUAUUUAUUAUCUGUGCAGAGGGUCUUUCUCUUAUGUUGCAACAGGCUAACAGGGAGGGACUGAUUCAUGGAUGUAGGGUGGCAAGAGGUGCCCCCCAGGUCUCUCAGUUAUUCUUUGCGGAUGAUAGUCUACUAUUUUUCAAAGCUAAUGAGGAGGAGGCGAAUGGGGUAAAGAAAUGUCUGUCAGAAUAUGAAAGCCUAUCUGGGCAGGUUGUCAACUACCACAAGUCAAAUAUUUGCUAUAGCAAAAAUACAAGGAUUAUUGACAGGGAUAAUGUGGCUCAGGUUUUGGGGGUAGCACAGGCUCCAAAUUUUGGCAAAUAUUUGGGCCUACCUUCUUUCAUGGGAAGGAAUAAGAAGGCAGCUUUUGCCUAUAUUGAGGAUAAAAUACGCCAAAGGAUUGGGUCUUGGAAUAAAAGAUUACUAUCCCAAGCAGUAUGUACGGCAAUUGAGAGGACCAUGAAUAGAUAUUGGUGGGACUCUGGAAUUGAUAGACGGAUACACUGGAAGGCUUGGGAUAAAUUGUGUGUCCCAAAAAAGUAUGGUGGGUUGGGAUUUAAGGAUUUACGUGCAUUUAAUCUGGCAAUGUUGGGGAAGCAGGCAUGGCGAAUGCUCACUAAACCUGACUCUUUAGUGACUCGUGUCUAUAAAGCCCGGUAUUUCCCUACGGGAACAUUUUUUGAUGCACAGGUAGGAAAUAACCCCAGUUUUUGUUGGCGGAGCAUUAUGGCAGCAAAGAGUAUAAUUUGUAGUGGGGUGAGACGAAGAAUAGGAAAUGGGGAAUCUACGUUUAUAUGGACCCACCCCUGGUUGCAAGAUGAACAGGACCCUAUGAUACAAACGGAAAUGCCAGUACAAUUACAAGGGGCCAGAGUAAUGGGGUUAAUUGACCAGCAAACAGGAACAUGGGAUAAUGAUUUUCUAACAGAUUUAUUCCAACCUGAAGAUGUAGGAAGAAUUAUGAGAAUACCUGUCUCCCUGGACUAUAGUGAUACAUGGUAUUGGCAUGGAGACCCAAAAGGUCUAUAUUCUGUGAAGAGUGGAUACAGGCGUAUAGUGGGGGACUAUGAGAGUCAAGGGGGAGAUUUUGUGAAUUGGCUAGCCUUGUGGCGACUCAAAAUACCCCCAAAAUGGAGAAUGUUUCUGUGGAGAGCCAUUUGUGAUAUAUUGCCCACUACUACAAACUUGCUUAUAAAGAGGGUUGAUGUGAGCCCUUAUUGUGCCAUGUGUGGGAUAUCACAAGAAGAUACAAUGCAUGCUUUAGUCUUGUCAUCGAUUCUAUACAACAUUUGGAGAGCACGAAGUCGAGCGGUAUGGGAGGCAUGCCUGCCACGGCCAAACUCGCUACUCCGAGCCGCCGUGACUGCCAAAGAUGCAUGGCUCCUAGCACGCCCCAUCCGUCCGCCAAGAGCACCGCCCGCGCUCGCCACUGCCAUAAGCCACGCUGCCGAGAGUGCUGCCGACGGGGGGACCACUUUGAUUGCCGAACAUUAUGUGCCAAAUUUGAGAAGAUGUCGGGUCGACGCAGGGUAUUUACACGACACGGGGAAGGCCACUGUAGGGGCUGUUUUGUUCGAUGUAAAUGGAGGAUAUAUUGCGGCCUUCAAUGCACCGUUACCAACUUGUGUCUCACCUCUUAUGGCCGAAGCUUUGGCAUGCAAAGAGGCUUUAUCAUGGUUGAAGGAAAGAGGGGAGCAGAAUAUUGAGUUAUACACAGAUUGCUUGACAUUGCAACGCUAUCUUACAACACCAACCGCCGCGUUUCGCUCCUAUGUGGGCUAUGCUAUUGACGGCUGCAGGCAAAUUGCCACUUUAUUUCAGUAUUGUUCAUUUAGAUUUAUUGCUAGAUCAGAUAAUUAUUUAGCUCAUGCAUUAGCUACUUCGGCUUAUCAGCAACUUGCUGCUAUAUCGAAAUGUGGAGACCUUUGA